AUGGUAGAGAGAAGUCACACAGGUGAGAAACCAUUUCCAUGUUCCGAGUGUGGGAAAUGUUUUACACUGACAUCACAUCUUCUUAGACAUGUGAAAAUCCAUACAGGUGAUAGGCCAUUUCCAUGUUCUGAGUGUGGGAAAUGUUUUAUAGAUAAGUCACAUCUUGUUAGACACGAGAGAAGUGAGAAACCAUUUCCAUGUUCUGAGUGUGGGAAAUGUUUUCUAGAGAAAUCACAUCUUGUUAUGCAUGAGAGAAAACACACCAGUGAGAAACCAUUUCAAUGUUCUGAGUGUGGGAAAUGUUUUGUACAGAAAUCAUAUCUUGUUACACAUCACAGAAAUUGUGUGUUGCAGGGUUUCAUAACCUACAUACCAUCUCAGAGGGAGCUGGAGGUGAAAUGA